CAAUUUACCGUGCGCUAAUGGGCCGGCGCCUUUGUGCGGCCCGCGCCGCCAUUGGCCGCUGAGUGUGGGAACGGCCGCGGCGCCCGGGCCCCAGGCGCCAGCCCGCCGCCCGCGCCUAUAUAGGGGCUGGUCCGCGCCGCCCGGACGCGCCUGGCCGCCCGCCUGCCCGCCCGCUCCCUGCUCGCCCAUCGCCUCUCCGCGCAGGCAUGGCCCCCAGCACCGUGGCCGUGGAGCUGCUCAGUCCCAAAGAGAAAAACCGACUGCGGAAGCCGGUGGUGGAGAAGAUGCGCCGCGACCGCAUCAACAGCAGCAUCGAGCAGCUGAAGCUGCUGCUGGAGCAGGAGUUCGCGCGGCACCAGCCCAACUCCAAGCUGGAGAAGGCCGACAUCCUGGAGAUGGCUGUCAGCUACCUGAAGCACAGCAAAGCCUUCGCCGCCGCCUCCGCGGGCCCCAAGAACCUGCACCAGGACUACAGCGAAGGCUACUCGUGGUGCCUGCAGGAGGCCGUGCAGUUCCUGACGCUGCACGCGGCUAGCGACACGCAAAUGAAGCUGCUCUACCACUUCCAGCGACCCCCGGCCCCGCCCGGCGCCCCCACCAAGGAGCCCAAGGCACCCGCACCGGUGCCCACCCCCGCCAAGGCCAACACCGCCGCGCGCCAGCCCCCCUGCGGCCUCUGGAGGCCCUGGUGACCCCGCCGGAAGUGACAGCUGCCGCCCCAGGACCAGAGGGCCAGUCGUUCUUCUGGCGCGUAGGGAAGAGCCUUCCUUCCCAACGUCUGUCCCACCCCAGGCAUGGACAGGCCCUUCCCUCCGAAGGCUCUCUCCGGGCUGGCGGGCCAGCAGGAGGGUCGUUCUUAGAGAGUGUUCGCGCAGAGUCCUGUCAUUUAGGACAAUCAGGCCCCACGUUCUGCCAAAUGUCUGACCCCAUGGGGUUGUUCUGUGUUUGCAUUUCAGCAAGUGACUUCUGGGAAGUCCCCGCUGCCAGGGGUUCUAUGACAUUUGUAGGCACUGGGGGCUCGUGGCCCCUGCAUGUAGAGGACUUUCUUCAGGGCCCGUGCUGCUGGGCCAGUGGGCCUGGCAGGCGGGCGUGCCUGCCGUGGGCACAUUUGCCUUUUGUGAAGGCGGAACUCAAAGUGCAUCCUCAUAGGAGAGAGUGUCAGCCUGGAUGGGCGCGCGAGCGCGCAGAGCCGUAGCCAAAAGGCUGCUCGUCGCGUGGGCUUGGUUGUCUGGUCGGGGCUCACAGUGGGCUGUGGGAAGGGUGGGGGUCUCCACCGUGAUCCUUAAAGGAUUCCUGUGUGGGUGGGUGCGUGGGCUUGACUUUGUACUCAGAAUCUGAACUCUCCGACACGUGGGAGCCAUGGGACUACCCUGCAGACUUCCAAUAAAAUCUGAGUAU